GCAAGUUCAUUAGCAGGACGUAAGUGUACCGAUCUAGUCCGGAGACUCACAUGCACGCUCGAUGGGCAACAUGCAAAGAUGUCCACUCGCCAGCGAUGCUCGAGCACCGCUGCGAUGGCCUCUUUCGCUUGUCCACCCAUGCAACGCCCAUCGAGCGGCGCUGUGCAUGUUCAUGCAGGAUCACGAUGCUGACAUUGAUCGGUCGCUCCUGCACAGUCUAGCAAAAGACCAAAACCAAGCAUAAUGGGAUUCGAAUCUGGUGACGCCAAGAAGGGCGCUUCGCUCUUCAAGACCCGAUGCGCGCAGUGCCACACCGUCGAAGAAGGCGGAGGCAACAAAGUCGGACCCAACCUACACGGACUGUUCGGACGAAAGACCGGUCAGGUUGAAGGUUUCUCAUACACAGAGGCGAACAUCAAGAAGGGUGUCACAUGGGAGGAGAGCACACUAUUCGAAUAUCUCGAAAACCCAAAGAAGUAUAUUCCCGGCACAAAGAUGGCCUUUGCUGGCCUCAAGAAGGAGAAGGAUCGCAACAAUUUGAUCACUUACCUCAAGGAGUCGACAGCAUAAUUGCUCCGAGUUGUCAGCCGUGUCGGCGGCGAAGCACCUCUCUGUUGACCGCGGAUGCAUAGACACGACGC